ACGGUAACCAUUUACUAGCCGUUGAGGUUUCAAAUAAAAAGAAGGAUCAAUGUGCAAAAACACACACCACUUGUUGGCUCUUUCCUAAUUCUUUUCCUUUCCUUUUCAUCAAACAGAGAUAAAGAGAGAGAUACAAGGCUUAAUCACUGGGGGGUCUUGGAAGUGGGGUUUUUUAGUCUUAAAGAAAAACAAAAGAACAAAAGAAUGAGAAGAUCAAAGGAGAACAAUCCAGGUUCAAUUGCAGCACCAAAUGAUGGGCAGAGAAUGGGUGGUGCCAAGAUGGUAAAGGACAUGGAACAAAAUCAAAGAAGGGCACUGAGUAGCAUCAAUCAGAACAUUAUAGGAGCUUCACUCCACCACUCUGGUGUGGUUAAUAAAAGAGAACUUCCAGGGAAAGAUGAAAUUUGCAAUAAGAAAUCAGCUCUGGAACAAAGAUCAGACACUAGGAGUUUGGCUGUUGAAAGGGUUAGCAACCAGCAUCACUUCCUAGAAGAAGCUAAGAACCAAAGUGAGUUGACAGUGAAGCCCGGUGGUCUAGACGAUUUCGAAACCGUUGAUGUGGAACAGUGUGGGGAGGGUAAUGAUGUUACACUCCCUAUGUUUGUGAAACACACAGAGGCAGUCUUAGAUGAAACUGAUGAAAUGGACAUUGAAAUGGAAGAUAUGGAGAACUCUAUCAUUGAUAUUGACUGCAGUGAUUCAAAAGAUCCACUUGCAGUUGUUGAGUAUGUAGAUGACAUCUAUGCUUACUACAAGAAAACUGAGGUUUCUUCCUGUGUUUCUCCAAAUUACAUGGACAGGCAAUUUGACAUCAAUGAGAAGAUGAGGGCCAUCCUCAUUGAUUGGCUCAUUGAGGUUCACUACAAAUUUGAUCUUAUGGAAGAAACAUUGCUCCUUACAAUCAAUCUCAUAGACAGAUUCUUAGAGCGUUGCACUGUGAUCCGAAAGAAGCUUCAAUUGGUUGGCAUGACAGCCAUGUUAUUAGCAUGCAAGUAUGAGGAAGUUUCUGUCCCAAUAGUGGAGGACUUUGUUCUGAUUUCAGAUAAAGCAUAUACCAGGAAGGAUGUUCUAGAUAUGGAGAAAUUAAUGGUGAACACUUUACAAUUCCACAUGUCUGUGCCAACUCCAUAUGUUUUCAUGAGGAGAUUUCUCAAGGCAGCCCAAUCUGAGAAAAAGCUUGAAUUUCUCUCGUUCUUCCUGAUUGAGUUGUGCAUGGUUGAAUAUGAAAUGCUCAAGUUUCAGCCAUCUCUGCUAGCUGCUGCAGCAAUUUACACAGCACAGUGCAGUCUUUUCCGGUUCAAGAACUGGACAAAGACCAGUGAGUGGCAUACUAAAUACACAGAAGAUCAGCUGUUGGAAUGUUCAAAGUUGAUGGUUACUUACCAUCAGAAAGCAGGAUCCGGAAAACUCAAGGGAGUACAUAGAAAGUAUAGUUCAUACAAGUUUGGAUAUGCAGCAAAAACUGAACCAGCACUAUUUCUCCUAGAUCCCUGACACAACUGCUUGAUGACGGUUCAUGGGUUGACUACUUUUUAAGUAUCUAAUCUCGACUAAGGAAUUUCCAGUUGCAAAAUUUAGCAACACCUAGAAACAGAAGAUGAGUUCUUUUUAUAUCAUAUGUUCAUACUCUGUGUUCUGUUAUUUUGGUCUUGUAUAUUGGAGACUAAUCUUUGAAAAUCAUUCGUGUUACUCUUAA